CCGGAAGAUCUUCGGUUGAGGACUAAUUGUCUUAACUUCGAGCAUCUGAAGAGAAGUCUAAGUACUUUUUUUCGCGUGCUAUCUUGAAUGACCUCGACGUUAUAUCUCUAUAUCAAAGUACACGGUGCUUCGAGAGCUCCAAAUUAUAGUCAAGAUGAUAGGCAUAGGCUCGUCUCCGAUGCCGCCUUCUUCUGGUUGUGGUGCUCCACCGAUGCACAACCAGAACGUAAGCAUGACCGGUGGCGGCACUGCGUCGUCGAGCUCAACAAGCGUUAUUGUGGAUGAGGAGGACGUUGAGCGGAGGCUGCGCGAUCGCGAACGGCGCGUAGCACGAAUGACUCAGUCGCUGGACCAACGCUGGCAACGUGCCAAGCCGGUGAUUACGAAUGUGGCGGAGCAGAUUGAGAGUUGCUUGGCGCAAGUGGAAGAACGACCCAGAGAAUCCUCUCGACUCCGACUGGAGGAGUGCCUCUCAGACGCACAGGAUGCCAUGGGGCAGCGUUCUUCACUGGCCUCAGAGCUGAUCUUGCAACGACACACCAGCGCUGUUCUCGACAAGCUAAAGAAACUCGCAGUAAAAGCGACUAAUGUGCUGAACGCGGGGACGGCGAAAGGGGCAUCAACAUCUGCGCCACUUCGGAUGCACCAUGGGUACUGAAUAUCGAGCACCUCGUAUACUACAUCCAACUUUUAUGCGAGAAUGUUCAUAGAAGAAGAGGAGGGGAGGAUACAUUUACCCCGGUGUACAGUGCAUACUAGCUAACGAAAAACCUCAGAUGUAUCAACCUUCAUAAUUCAUCAUUUCGUAACGCAGGUACCUUGCCUCCCUGAUGCAGGACUCGCAGAGGCUUGCUCAGUUCCCAGCCGAAUGUCGUCGCCUUCGGCUAUUUCAGAGUGUCCGUAAGCUGGUCGACGCAGCCACAGCGCACGAAUCAAAGCGCUUAGCCGCUUAUUCAGCAUCCUUGGUGCGAAUUGCAGGUGGAGAUGAUGGUCAGCCUUCAAGUCUUCAGGUGUCUCGCGAGGGCGCGUCGUCGUUGCCACAUUAUUGGGCUCAGCUUGAGCGAUUUCCAGAUCUUUUUGAAGCGGAAGUCGCUUCUCUCGUCAACAAGCUUACGACGUAUCUGAGGGACACGCUUUGGCGGUCAAUUGGUGUCUCUGGCCUUCCAGGCAGUGCUUCGCGUUCGGGCUCGAAGUCUCCUAGCAGCGCGUCGGGUUCAAAUUAUCAAGUGAGCAUACAAGUCGCGUCUGACACCGUCUCGUGGACUGUUGCGGAAGUAGAUUAUGAUCAUCCCGCAGACACCAGCGCCGCACUUGCGCAGUCAGGUCCCGGGGAACAAAUAGAGCACCACCCUCACAUGAUUUCUGCGUUGCAGUCGUUCUUGCAGUUCCUGAGAACGCGCUUGCACCUGGGUCCGGCGUCGGGAGGGAACAGAGUGUGGAGGUUUGUCGCGGAAACGCUUCUGAGACCGCGCAACGGCACGCCGAUGCGCAGAACACUUCGGGAUCUGCGGCGGGCAGAGUCAAAGGACCUAGCACACGUAGCGGACGCAGACUCCAACUUUGACAAUUUGGACACGGGUGUAUUAGCCAGACAAGAUAUGAAUGCAGCUCGUAGCAAAGAUUCAACGUCCACAUCGAAAGGAGGCACAGCGGGUCAUGAUGUAGAGGAGCUCGAGGAAGAAUUGUGGGAACGAAUCGAUACUCUUGAAGCUGCUACUCGCGAGGAGCUUGGGUUGCACUCGCUUUCUAUCGUCGGAGACCUGCUACGAGAGCAUCAAAAAACUAGGAAGAUGGAAAUCAUUGGGCGAAUCAUCGAACGCAGUCGACGGCUGCUAUAUCGCGGUCCUGAGCAAAAACAUCGAUCGCUGUCACCGGGAGGACCAUCACGACAGGACGCACAUAUUAACGGUGUGACCGCUACUUCGGUUUCGGGUAUAGCAAAGACGGAAUGCGAGACCGAACUGUACUGGACAGAGAUGCUUCGGCCAGCUUUGGAAGCUGGGCCACAUCCGCUUCAGAAAGAAAACUUGGAAGCAGCAGAAACGCUCGUCUUUCUGUUUUUGUUGGUGCGAUGCACGCAGCGAGGUGACCUUAGUCGGGACGCAGCGCUGUGCGGCCGCUUCUUUCGCGAUGCCAAUGCGCUUUGCGAUAGGCUCGCCUCAUUUGGCGUACAGCUACAGAGUCGCAAAUUGCAAGGCCAAACAGAUGCAAGUUUUCAGCAGGUCGCGGCUCACAGACGGGGCAGCUUUACGGCAGGCAAAGAUCGAGGACAAGAGGUGUCAACGGCGCAGAGGGUAAUCCUGCGACUCUCGUUGCAAAUCCGAAAGAUUAGUGAAGAUAAGCUGCGGGAACUCGUGGCGACUUUUCGUGGGUCCCUAACGUCACAGCUCGCAGCUGUGGCAUCAGCGGAGAGUGCAAAUGAAGUAUCGACAGCGCUAGCAGAGAGCGUGCAUUCCAUUAAGACGUUUCUCCAAACACUCCAGGGGGCGCUUGAAACCAGUGUGAACCUCAUGGGAGAGGACGUCCGUUCGUUUCUGGCCCGCGAGUUCGCGAAAGACUUCGCGGCGCAUUUUCAGAGGUUCAAAAAGUCAACAUUGGACAACAAAGUCAUGGAAGCACUCUUGCACCUCCAGUGUUUGGGACUCCCCGAAUCGGAGUUGCUGGAAAUCAGGGACUUCUUCACUGAGGAGGGCAAAAAGCACUUCUAAAAACCUCUGAUAACGUGUUGUCACGGCAUUUCUAAUCGGCUCUGACAUCGUCGCCGUGUACUAGCACCAACCAAUCUCGAAUUUUGAUUGUGCCUCACCAAUGCUCCUGAAGUGAUAUCCUUUUGUUCCGUAUAAUUAGAACCCUACGCCACUAAAGUUAAAUUCAGACGCGCCGUGAUUACGUACCAAAAUCACUUGCCGUUGCUGUGGG